GGAGCUUCAGUUGUUCUCUAACGUUCUAGCAGCAGGUUGAAAGCGGUCGGAGUCCCCCAAAAAGGAAUUAUAGUUUAAUAGUAGUAUAGAAUAGCUAAACGGAAUGCAUUACAUAAUUGGAUUGCUAAGCCUGCUGGCCUUGGGCGUCAAUGCAGCCCCCGCUGACACCAAAUUCUUUGGUGACCUGCCAAAGUGCUCGACGGUUGAGGAUCAGCUGGGAGAGUGCGUCAAGGAGAUAUUUAACACGCUGACGCCUCGUCUCAAGGACGGCAAUCCCGAGCUGAGGAUCGAGCCCUACGAACCUUUGGUCCUCAAUCGCACUAGCUUCCAGUACUCCAGUGGCAACGUUAAUGGCCGGAUCACGAUGAAGAAUGCCAAGAUCUACGGAUUUGCCUCCAAUCGGGCCAAAGAAGUGUCCGUCAAAUUAAAUGGGGAUAAGGUCAAACUACGCUUUGUCACCCAAAUGCCCAAGAUGAAUAUUGUGGGCAGCUAUAAGGCCGAUAUGCAGGUGAAUCAGCUGCAACUGAAGCCAAAAGGAGAUUUCAACGUAACGCUAUUCGACGUGGAGGCAACAACUGUCACUGAUGGUGAAAUCUACGAGAAGGAUGGUCACCGGUAUUUCCGCCUCAAGAAUAUCGAUUCAAAGCCAAAGGUUAGAGAUUUGGACAUUAAGGCCACUGGAAUAUUUGCAGAUCCAGAACUCGAUAAAAUUGCUUUGAAUGUGGCUAAUCAGUAUUGGCGCGAUAUCUACGGCAUCUUGUUGCCCGAGACCAGACAGUUUUGGCAACCCCUUAUGCUACGAAUGUUCAACGAGGCUUUCGAACUGGUUCCCAUCGACCAGUUUCUCAAGGAGUAGCUCAAUUAACUAGUGAUGAUUGUUUAAUAGAAUAUAAACGGUUCCAUAGCUUGCUAUUAAAUGGUAAUAUUUGUUUAAAUUAAUAAACAUUUAUUCUAGGCGCCA